CUCUAUGUUUAUAUGUGGUUGGGCUCCAUUGAGUGCCUUCUCCUGGCUGUUAUGUCCUAUGAUCGUUUCACAGCUAUUUGUAAACCCUUGCAUUAUUUGGUCAUCAUGAACCCACAUCUGUGUCUCAAGAUGAUUAUCAUGGUCUGGGGUAUUAGUUUGGCCAAUUCUGUGACAUUAUGUACACUCACACUGAAUUUGCCUAGAUGUGGAAAGAACAUUCUGGAUCAUUUCUUGUGUGAGUUGCCAGCUAUGGUCAAAAUAGCUUGUGUGGACACCACAGCAGUUGAAAUGUCUGUUUUUGCUUUAGGCAUUGUCAUUGUCCUUUCACCCCUCCUCUUUAUCCUUAUAUCUUAUGGUUAUAUUGCCCAAGCUGUGCUGAGAAUGAAGUCAAAAGCAGGCCAACGAAAAGCCAUUAAUACCUGUGGAUCUCAUCUCACUGUGGUGUCCAUCUUCUAUGGAACUAUCAUCUACAUGUACCUGCAGCCAGGUAACAGUGCCUCCAAAGACCAGGGCAAGUUCCUCACCCUCUUUUACACCAUCAUCACUCCAAGUCUUAACCCCCUCAUCUACACCUUGAGAAAUAAGGACAUGAAGGAUGCACUGAAGAAGCUCAUGAGAGUUGAAUAUGAAUCUACAGAAAUGAAAAGGAACUGA